CUGGGAGAACAUGGUAAAACCUUGUCGCUUUAGCCUAGCAGCUGCGUUUUCGUUUCUUUUUCUUCUUUUCUCUUUUUUUCCCAGUAAAUGGGCCGCUUUCAAUCUAAAGUAACAAGGCAAUACCCCGGACACGAAGUCCCCAUUGUUCUCUCUUCAGAAACUGCUUUUAGUGUUGGUGAAGUUGAAGCACUCUUUGAACUGUUCAAGAGCAUCAGCGGUUCGGUGAUCGAUGAUGGGCUAAUCAACAAGGAAGAGUUUCAAUUAGCUUUGUUCAAGAAUAGGAAGAAGGAAAACAUUUUUGCAAAUCGGAUCUUCGAUUUAUUUGACGCGAAGAAGAAGGGAGUCAUUGAUUUUGGUGACUUUGUUCGAGCACUCAAUGUCUUCCAUCCAAAUGUCUCACAAGAGGACAAAAUUGAUUUUGCAUUUAGACUUUAUGACAUGGAUGGAACUGGUUUUAUCGAGCGUAAUGAGGUCAAGCAAAUGCUGAUUGCGCUUUUAUGUGAAUCUGAAAUGAAGUUGGCCGAUGAAACCAUCGAGGCGAUUCUUGAUAAGACAUUCUUGGACGCUGACAUGAAUCAGGAUGGAAAGAUCGAUAUAUCCGAAUGGAAAAACUUCGUAUCACGGAACCCAUCACUUUUAAAAAUCAUGACCCUUCCAUACCUGAGGGAUAUAACGACUACAUUUCCGAGCUUCAUUUUUCAUUCUGAAGUUGACGAGAUUGCCACAUAAUUGUUGGAGUUUGUAAUGGGCUUUAGCAUGUCCAUGCAUACAUUAGUUGAGAAAUGUUUUUUUACGUGAUUUGUGUGGAGUCCGCCGCUCUGCGUAUCGCCUCGUGCUCGCGGUAUCCUAUAUCCAGUAUCACUUGUAAGAAAGAGUUCAUUAUGUGCAAAAGCUAAAGCCUAGAAGGAAAUUAUGCGAA